UUAUUUAUCUGGACUGCAUACCUUAUGUGCUUCCAACUGCAGCACACACAAGUACAGAGGGGUCCUCCUCGAAGAAGCUCAUGAUACCUCCUCUUGCUUAUGCUCGGAUAAAAGGCUCAUGAUGCCUUAGCUUCCAGACUUCGUCUUCCCCGAGGAUCGCAGAGGCGCAGCUAUAGAGGACAGGCUCUGGCGCUGGCAUGCAUCGACACCAAGGAUAAGAUCUACGAGAUGGCCAUGGCUGGUCCAGCUUGCAGAUUUCUCUCGUGUUUUCUGUGUUUUGUAGCAUGUCUUAUCGUUAUGGAGUCUGCUUUGUCUGCCCAUUCAUGGUGCACCCCACAUCCCAACCCGAGGGGAGAAGCGGAGUUUAAGCAGAAGACAGACAAGUUUUGGGAGUACCAGGAGCAGAGCAAUACCUGGGUGGAAAUAAGCAUGCCUUUCAAUCUCAUGUCCUGUAUCAACGGCACCUGCACAAAGGUAGGCUCGAUCAAGCAACCAGAAAGCAAACAUGGCCGUGCUUCCGUCUCGAGUCAAGAGAAGGAUACUGAUCCAGUCCUGCCCAUAAGGAAAAGAAUCUCCCUGGCAAGGAUGUCAGAGUCGUCCGUGUGGGUCACAGGGCAGAGCGGAUCAAUCUAUGAGAGGUUCUGGAACGGGGUCAUGUGGGUGAUUGCUCCUCAUGAGCUUCCAACGGCGGCUGGGUAUGCAACAGCAACUUUCAUCGUCAACACAACCAUCCUUGCUCUGUCCGAGGCUGGAAUCCUCUACCAGCUACAGCUAAAUGAACAUGCCCAGCCUAUCUGGACUGAGAUGACAUUCAGCUAUGAACAACAUUUCACAAACCUUGAAGAGAAGACACAAAGUCAAGCUACACACAUAAAAAAUGGGGUCGUAUCACAUAAUGGAAGGAAACUUUUCCUUUCUAUCACGAAUGGGUCCCUAAUUGAGGUCACAGAACUUCAGCCUCUAAGGUGGAAUUGCCAUGGGCGUCCCCCAGGAGCAGAUGUAUCAUAUAUAUCUGAUGCUGAAAAUGCAAGACCAGGGACCUUGUUCACAGUAAGUUCUACUGGAGACCUAUAUGAAUUUGAUAAGGAAACGAAGCCAUCAUGGAAAAAGCAUAUAUGGAGUGAACAAACAACCAAAAAUGUCUCGCUGAGCUCAUCUGUUGGGUGUGCUUUGCAUGGUCUCUUAGGCUCUAAUUCAGUAUCACUCUUUCUGAUAACCAAGGAUGGUCUUUUAGUGGAGCGGCGCUUGCAUAGAAGAAAGUGGAAGUGGGAUAAACAUGGAGCACCUAAGGGUCAAAGACUAAGUUCAAUUACAGAAGUUCAACAGGAUGAAUCUAAUGAUGCGACUUCAAUGUUUUUUACAACAACCACAGGAAAAGUAUUUGAGUAUCAGUUUCCAAAAUAUACAGGUGGGGCUUCAAGCAAUAAGAUUAGAGGACUAUGGGUAAAUCACAUGUCUCCUGACCAUGCAAAAGUAGCAGCAAGUGUUCGAGGUCUACAGAUUCAAGUUGGCAGAUUGAUAUUCCAGCUAGAUGAUGGUAGGCUUGGAGAGCUACAUUUACCUGGCAUGGGAGGUGGUCAUUUUGGUCCAAGUCAACAAAAUAGCAUAAGAAGGAAAGUGCCAAACAAGUAUGAGUGGUCUAUCCUAGAUACACCAGAAACAGAAGGUUGGAAUGCAGAAUAUUGCACUGAAGAGCAUGGCCCUACAAACUGUAUUACUGGAGCGAUGAAUGUAGCUGCAGAUACGGAACCAACCAACCUGAGCAAUGCCCCACCUAGAAGGCGUAAAGCAGAAGAGAAGCAACACUACCUGCAUGGUCAUAGUCAUGAGAGUGAUGAAACUGAAUCAUACAACAUUCUAUCACGAAGCAUUUAUCUUAACUUCCAUAUGCGGGUGAUGCAUGCAGAUAGAUCACUUUUCCUCAUAACAGAUAACGGAUUAACUUUGGAAUAUCUAAACAGCAAUGGUGUCUGGCUAUGGCUAAGACAUGAACACAUUACAGGCAUGAAGGGUACACUAGGAAGCUAUAAUGGCAGCUUGUAUCUUGUCGAUCUUCAUGGGAACUUGCAUAUUAGAGAAAGAAAUGGUGACGAACUCUUAUGGAUUAAUUGCACAGCAAUGAGGAAGGGAAGACAGGUUGCAAGUGGGCCUCCAUGGGAUGGCAUCCCUGGGUUAUCACGCAGAGUGACAACAGAUGAUGCACUUUUCUUUGUUAACAAGAGAGGCAGAUUGCUACAAUUCACGGUGGCAUUGCGUAAAUUCAAGUGGAAGGACUGCCACAGCCCUCCCGAUACCAAGGUUGCAUUCAUCGUGGAUCAGGAGGUGUUUAGAAGAAAUAUCAUCUUCGUGGUUGGCCGGAACGAUCGGAUGUACCAGUAUAACAGAAUUACAGAGCUAUGGCACAGGCACUACCAAUCACCUCACCUCGUCCUGUCAAGAUCCCCUGGGACAGCGAUGAGGCCGUCGCCUCUCUCCCUCACCGGCUCCAUCUUCAUGAUAUCCGAGCAGGGGGGCCUCGUGGAGUACCAUUUCAGCCCGCAUGACGGAUGGGAGUGGGUAGAGCACGGGACGCCCCACCGGGACGUGACCCUCGUGGUCGCCCCAGGGUCGUGCUUCGACGGCACCCAGCUGUUCGUCAUCGGGUCCGACGGACACGUCUACCUGCGGCACCUGGACGAGCGAACGUGGAGGUGGACGAGCCACGGGCACCCGUCGGAACCAUCCAGCACGACGACGGACGUUGCCGGCGGCGGCGAGCAGAGCUGCGCCACGCUGGGCGCCGCGGACGCGCACUACGCGAGCAGCUUCAGGGGGAGCUGCGACGAAAAGGUGGCGGCCGUGCGGCCGGUGCCGUUCUCCGAGGACGCGGUGGUCUUCGAGCUGCGCGACGGCCGGUUGGCGGAGCUGCGGCGUGCGGCGGAGGGUCGCAGCGGGUGGGAGUGGGCGCGGAUCAUCGGCACGCCCGCCAGCGCCUGCAUGACAAGCUACUGGACGGCCGUCGCCACGUAGCCGGCGGCGCCGGUGGGAAGGAAGCGGGCGGAAGCGCGGAGCUGGAACUCUAUUUGAACGGCAUACGCGCAAGAUACGAGUUGAAUGCUCAACUAGUUUACCAGUACCUGAUUAGUCGUGGCUAACGCAGGACAAGCUAGCUAUGUACACCUUGUUAAGAAAAACAGAGCCUACCUAUGUACAGUAGUCUAUGAUCAAGUUUUCUUGUGCAUCUCUAGCGGAUCCUGUAAACCGGGCCAUCUGACAAAAUAACCGUUGAUUUGCAGGACGAAGACUAAUUUGCCACCCGAAACAGAUUCAGUACAUUCUCUAGAUUUGUUUUUAA